GUAAGCGCUCGGGCGCGCGCAGCAUCACCUGUAAACCGGACGGAGGCAUCGAGAUCACGGACGAUCCCGCAACCGCCGCGCCGCACUCCGACGACGACGACUGGGAGAUGCCGUCGACAAACAGCGGAGCAUCCCUCGACGGACGCCUCUCGCCGCCCGGCGAGGCGGCGGCGGCGGUGGCGCCCCCUCGCGACGCGGACGCGAUGAGCGAUCGCACGGACAGUAGCUGGACGAAGGUCCUCGAGGAUUUGGAGACCUGCGGCAAUUCGCGGAUCCUGCGCGAGCUCGAAGAGUCCAUCAUGAAGGGCAGCGAGCGCCGCCUGGCGGGCGCCGAGUCGCCGCUCGAGCGGCCCGGAUUCCGCAAGAUCAACGACGCGAUCCACACGAUGCUGUCGCCGGCGCCCGUCGAGCUCCACAAGGUGGCGCUCUACAAGGACGCCGCGUACGACGACUUCGGGUUCAGCGUGUCCGACGGGCUGCACGCGCGCGGCGUCUACGUGGCUCGCACCCGCGCCGGCGGUCCCGCCGCCGCCUCCGGCAUCCAGCCGUACGACCGCCUGCUCCAGAUCAACGCGACGCGGACUCGGGACGUCGACUGCUGUCUCGCCGUGCCGCUGAUCGCCGCGUCGGGCGAUCGCAUCGAACUCGUGAUCAGCCGAAACCCGCUGAUGUCGCGACGGGACCUCGCCGAUCCCGGAGGGGGAGCCGGUCCCUGGGAC